UCCUGAAGCCUCCAGCUUUCAUUCCGAAGCCUUUGACCUCAACAUGAAAAUCUCUACCGCACUUCUGUGCCUGCUGCUCAUAGCUGCCACCAUCAGCCCACAGGUGUUAGCUGGGCCAGAUUCAGUGUUUGUCCCAGUCACCUGCUGUUAUAAGAUGACUAAUCAGAAGAUCCCAGUGCGGAGGCUGAAGAGCUACCAGAGAAUCACCAGCACCCAAUGUCCCUGGAAAGCUGUGAUCUUUAGGACCAUAAUGGAUAAGGAGAUCUGUGCUGACCCCAAGGAGAAGUGGGUUGAGAACUCCAUAAAGCACUUGGAUCGGAAGUCUCAAACUCAGCAUCCUUGAACCUUCAUGUCUAGGCUGAGAGCCCCAUGGAAAUCUUCUGUAUUUUCCCCUAACCUUUCCCCAGGGGCAGUGCGAUGGUAAUUUAUUGCGAUGUCUAAAGAGAGAUGCUUUUAAUAAUUUAAAACAUAGACUUGCUUAAAUAAUAUUUAAUGAUAUUUAAGUUAUAU